GCAGGUGUACAGCCAACUCUCCCCGAAGUGCGCCAAUUGCUGCAAGAAGCAAUCAAGCUGCCCAACCCGCCAAACCUCGUACCGCUAUGCGCCUCCAUCUCGUCCGAAUUCUUGACUCCCUCGUCGAUAUACCUGAAGGUGUCGGCAAAUGCCAAAUCGAAACACUCGUUCCUCUUCGAAAGCGCUGCUACAACAGAAACCAUCGGCCGCUAUAGUUUUGUCGGUGCCGAUCCGCGACACAUGCUCAAGACUGGAGAAGGCCACGGCCCCGAGACAGACCCGCUACCAAUCCUUGACCAGGAGCUUUCAAAAUGCCGCGUCGCAGAGAUACCCACCCUCAAGCUGCCUCCCAUGACUGGCGGUGCUGUUGGUUAUGUAGGCUACGACUGCGUCAGAUACUUCGAGCCCAAAACCCGUCGCCCCAUGAAGGAUAUCCUCAAGGUCCCCGAAUCGCUAUUCAUGCUGUACGACACCAUUGUUGUUCUGGACCACUUCUUCCAAAAGGUCAUGGUCGUCACGUACGUCAAGGUUCCCGAGAGCCUCGACAAUCUGGAUGCCGCCUACGACGAAGCAAAGCAAACUGUCAAUCGUAUGCUACAAGUCCUAAAGAAGACCGAAGCUGUUCUGCCGACACAAGAGCCCGUCAAACUGGGCAACGAGUACACUUCCAACAUUGGACAGGAAGGUUAUGAAAAGCACGUCCACACAUUGAAAGAACACAUUAGCUCCGGAGACAUCAUUCAAGCUGUUCCCUCACAGCGCAUGGCUCGCCCCACCUCUCUACACCCCUUCAACAUCUACCGCCAUCUCCGUACUGUCAACCCUUCGCCAUACCUCUUNUAUCUCGAUUGCGAAGAUUUCAACAUCGUCGGCGCCUCACCUGAGCUCCUGGUCAAGGCCGAGAACGGCCGCAUCUACACCCACCCCAUCGCCGGCACUGUCAAGCGUGGCCCCACAGCCGAACAGGAUGAGCAGCUCGCUCAAACAUUGCGCGACUCNCUCAAAGACCGCGCCGAGCACGUUAUGCUGGUCGAUUUGGCUCGUAACGACGUGAACCGCGUUUGUGANCCCCUGAGCACCCGUGUCGACAAGCUCAUGGUUGUGCAAAAGUUCUCUCACGUCCAACACUUGGUAUCAGAGGUCAGUGGUGUUCUACGUCCUGACAAGACAAGGUUCGACGCUUUCCGCAGUAUCUUCCCUGCCGGCACUGUAUCAGGCGCACCCAAGGUCAAGGCUAUGGAACUCAUCGCAGAGUGUGAGGGCGAGAAGCGCGGUGUGUAUGCUGGUGCUGUAGGCUACUUUGGCUACAGCAGCGUGAACCUUACCACCGGCCAGGAAACCGAAGGUGCCAUGGAUACUUGCAUUGCUCUGCGAACAAUGCUUAUCAAGGACGGCGUGGCGUAUUUGCAAGCCGGCGGGGGUAUCGUCUUUGACUCUGAUCCGUAUGACGAGUACAUCGAGACUAUCAACAAGCUCAAGGCCAACACGACAUGUAUCGAGCAGGCUGAAAAGAAGCACUAUGAUGAGCAACAAGAAGAUGUUGAGACAUCCAAGUCAGACGAAAAGCCACACAUUGACAUGGCCGCUGGUUAG